UCAGCUGCCGCGGCGGAGCAGCAGCGGGAAGGCGUCCGGAGCGGCCGUCGCAGCUGUGCCGGCGGGGGAAGGCUCCCCGCAGCCCCGGGGGUGCCCCCAGCAGGGCCGGGGGUGCGGGCGGGCACCCCACCAUGGCCUUCACCAUGCUGCGCCCUGUGGCCGCCCGCGUGCUCUACCCCGACCUUAGCAUGCUGUCGGAGGACGAGGAGAACCGGAGCGAGAGCGACACGUCGGACCAGUCGUUCGGCUGCUGCGAGGGCGCCGAGGCUCGCCGCAAGCUGCCGCGGAAGUCGGGGCCGAUGGUGAUGGUGAAGCAGAGGCAGGCGGCGAACGCACGGGAGCGGGACCGGACCCAGAGCGUCAACACGGCCUUCACCGCCCUGCGAACCCUCAUCCCCACCGAGCCGGUGGAUCGGAAGCUGUCCAAGAUCGAGACCCUCCGCCUGGCCUCCAGCUACAUCUCCCACCUGGCCAACGUGCUGCUGCUGGGCGAGGGCUGUGAGGACGGGCAGCCCUGUUUCAGUGCCAUCUAUGGUGCCAAGGGCGACCUGGACAGCAAACAGCCCCGCAGCAUCUGCACCUUCUGCCUCAGCAACCAGCGGAAAGGGGGCAGUCGGAGGGACCUCGGGGGCAACUGUCUGAAGGUGCGAGGGGUGACACCCCUGCGAGUGUCGCGGAGAUGAGCCGGGCUCCGGCAGCGCCCACCUGACACAGCGGCAGAGGCGGACGGAGCCCGCGCACGCCAGCCCAGAGACCGCAGCGGGGAGGGAGGGAGCUGCUCACCUGAGGUGGCAGCGGCCGAGCCCAGGCUGGCACCACACCGACACUGGCCCUGGAGCCGGCAGUGGGGCGGGAGGACGCUCCCGUGGCUGAGGCUGCCCACGCGGGGCAGGGCCGGGGAGGGGGGUCCCCGCGCCCCGGGGCUGGACUGGAAGGGGCCUGUGUGCGGCCGGCGUCGAGGCGCUCCGGGGGGACGGUGUCGUGGCCCUGGGGAUGCUGGUUGUGCACAUGCAGCCGCUUGGAAAAUAAAGCCUUAUUUUUCUGA